GUGCGUCGUCUACACGCUAUUCACAGAGGAGUUUGCGCAGUGUGUGUACGUUUCAGUAAUGUUGGCUGCGCUGCUCCGAGCCCGUGGAAUUCCAUCUCCGUUUGGAGGCCGAUCCCUGCACCGGACAGCGGGGACACCGGCGGCCAGGGUGGCCUUGGUCCUGUCUGGUUGUGGAGUUUAUGAUGGAAGCGAAAUCCAUGAAGCUUCGGCAAUACUUGUCCACCUGAGCCGAGCAGGGGCAGAUGUCAAGAUAUUUGCCCCAGAUGUGCCCCAGAUGCAUGUUAUCGAUCACAUCAAAGGCCAACCGACCCCGGAGACCAGGAACGUGUUGGCGGAGUCUGCGCGGAUCGCUCGCGGUGACAUCACAGCUCUGUCUCAUCUGAACGCAAGCGAUCACGAUGCCGUCAUCUUCCCCGGCGGAUUUGGUGCCGCAAAGAACUUGUCCUCGUACGCUGUGGACGGAGACUCGUGUCGAGUUCACCAGGAUGUGGAACGCAUUCUGAAGGAUUUUAACAAAGCCAAGAAACCGAUUGGGCUGUGCUGUAUUGCCCCUGUUCUGGCUGCUAAGGUAAUCCCCGGGGUGGAGGUGACUGUGGGCCAGGAGGAAGAACUUGGAGGGAAGUGGCCCUAUGCGGGGACCGCGAAAUCCAUCAGGGCCCUUGGGGGCGAGCACUGCCCAAAGGAGGUGCACGAGGUGCACGUGGAUGGCAGACACCGUGUGGUGACCACGCCUGCCUUCAUGGGACACGCCCCCCUGCACGCCAUCUUUGAUGGGAUCGGAGCCAUGGUCUCCGUGGUGCUGAAACUCACCGGGAAGUGACGGCUGCUCCCCAAUCAUCUGCAUUUCUCAGGGAUUGGCAGUACACGCUAAUGAUGUCAUGUCGCGCACUAAUGAUGUCAUGUCGCGCACUAAUGAUGUCAUGUCGCACAUGGGCUUGGCUAUAGCUGCUCGAUGAGAGAUCGGAACUGUGUGAAUAAAUGUGGCUUCUGUCUCA